AUGUGUUUAUGUUUUUCUUGUCGAAUAUUGUUUUGUAAUCGUUUUUGCAGAUAUGAGAGGUUCAGGUGGUUCUUCUGCCAGCCGAGGCCGGGUAGGGAUACAGGUCAGGGACGCGGACGUGGACGCGGCCGUGGCGACCCAGAGCAAGAUCCCCCUGAGGGCUUGGAUCCUGGGGUUGAGCAGCAGGUGCUAGCGGGUAGACCCGCACCACGGAGAGCGGCGAGACAGCCGCAGCCACAGGACGAGCCGCCAGUGACGGACGAGACUGGGAGGGUUAAAGUUACACCUGAUGCUGCAAGAGAAAGGUUACUGGAUAGCAGGAACGACAACGAGACAGCAUCUAGGGCGAUCUUGCCCAUUUUCCGAUCUAGCUGGUUUACUGAGGGUUCCUCGUGGAAGAAGCUGACAGCAGAGCAUAAGGGCUUCUACUUCGAGGAGUUCAAGAAGGGUUUUUGCUGGGACACGACCUACCCUGAGGACCUGAUUAGAGGGGUCUUCUACCGACAUGCGGCAUAUCGGUACAAAAAUACUCUCCACAACAUGAAGCCAGAUAAAAAAGAGGGUAGUGUUAGCGCUGAUACUUGGGCGUCAUGGAAGCGAGACUGGGAUACUGCUGAGACUGAGGAGCUCGGUCGAGAGCCCACUUUGGCUGAGUUGCAUGUACGGUUGCACCUGAACAAAGCUGACCGGACUGUCUUCGUUAACAAAAGAUCAAAGGAUAAAAAUGAUGUUGACGUGUUUGUUGUUGGUGUUGUGAUUGCUAUUACGUAUAGUUGA